GCUUCCAUGGACCACGAGUGCUCGUCGGGUGGGGCGCCGGCGGGCCCGCCGCGGCCACCUGCGAACGCCUCAUCCAGGAAGCGCCCAGCAGCACCGACCACCAAGGUCAAGCAGGUGAAGAAGAAACCAGCCAGGACGUGCCGACCAACCAUCGACAUGCUGAUGACCACCAUCCUUGCAUCCAUCACAACUAUCGUUACCGAGACCAUGUCAAUCUACGAUAAGGGCUUUGCUGAGCCCUGGGAUGGGACAACUCCCAUAACAGUGGGCUCAGCGUGCUCUGGCUGGAACUCAGAGAUCCUAGCCCUCGAAGCCAUGAAGAUCCCUUUCCACCACGCCUUCUCGUGCGACAACAGCAAGCACGUGAAGAAGAUCGCCGAGUUCCUCCACGGCUACCACGAAUACUUCGACGACGUGAUGGGCACCAACUUCCUUGGCUCCGCCGCUCCCGUGCAAUUCUUCAUGGCAGGCUUCCCUUGUCAAUGCUGGUCAGUGGCAGGCCGCCGCGAUGGCUUUCUGGAUGCCCGAGGGCUCGGGCUCAUCAUCGUGUUCCUCAUUGCCUACAUCACUACGCGGAGACCUUUGCUCUUCCUGCUGGAGAACGUGGACAACAUUGCGGCUGGCGAUAACGCUGACAGCUUCAACGCUAUCGUGUCAGCACUCCAAACACUCACGGACAAGGACAACCGCUACCUCUACACUGUGGAGUCGCAGACCCUCAACUGCCGCAUCCACGGCGGCUUGCCCCAGAACCGUCGGAGGAGAUUCAUUGUCGGCGUGCUACGUGGAGCUCAACAAGCACCCCUGCAGUGGCCAGGCCCAGUCACGAUGCGCAACCUCAUCGACCUCAUGGAUCCCGCCACGGACCUCAAACCUUUCCCGGGCAACCUACCAAGUAAGUCAAGUGGCACGAAACGCAAGAACGUCUUGGACGCACUCAAGGCCAUCGCCUCCGACGGUAGCGACCCGCUUGCCGUUCCUGCAGUGGUCGACCAUGGCUCUUCUAAGAUGAAUUACGCGAUCGGAUAUUCCCCGUGCUUGACCAGGAACAGGGCUAUGUCGCACGGCCACUGGGUGACGUGCCUUCAGCGCGAGAUGACUACUGGUGAGAUGCUUCGACUGCAGGGUGUCGAGGAAUGGCGCGUGCGGGGAUGGAAGCAUAUCAUUUGCGAGGGGCAGUUCCAUGCAAUCAUCGGCAACGCCAUCCCCCUUCCGAUGAUCGAGCGCAUCUUGAUGAGGGCCUUGUACUCAGCUAGCCUCGCGAAGCAGCCGUUGCAUGAUAAGUAUGAGGAUUGA